CAUUCCAUUUUUAUUUAAAAUCUAAUUUUUAUGGUUAUGUCUUACGUCACAUUCAAUGAGAAACCUUUUAAUACCCUUCCAUUAUGAACCAAUAUUGUUAAAACUUAUGCUUUUUGCUCAUUAAGGAAUAUUUCAGGGAAUAAUAAAUUUGUUUUUCUUUUUUAGAAUUGUCCACCUGAUGUAUGAGGAAAAAGAACAAAAGGCGGUGAUAGUGGGGAUGCCAUUGGCUUUGAUGGCCAUCAUGGCUGUACAAUUGUCCUCAUUUAAAGAUUUCUAAAGGAAAAUAUAAAGAAAUGUCACCUGAUGUAAGAGGAAAAAAAUAUAAAAGGCGGUGGUAGUGGGGAUGCCUAUGGCUUUGAUGGCCAUCAUGGCUGUACAAUUGUCCUCAUUUAAAGAUUUCAAAAGGAAAAAAUAAAGAAAUGUCACCUGAUGUAAGAGGAAAAGAAUAUAAAAGGUGGUGGUAGUGGGGAUGCCUAUGGCUUUGAUGGCUAUCAUGGCUGUACAAUUGUCCUCAUUUAAAGAUUUCUAAAGGAAAAAAUAAAGAUUGUAUAAGGCGAUGGUGUAGGAUUGGAUCAUCCAUAGAAGGUGGACAUGCUGCGGUUCGUCUUGCCAAUAUUGCAAUUCGUCGCCGCGUCGGCCAAUCUAGAUCGGACGGACCAGAUACCGAGUGACGUGGAAGAGUGCGAUUUGAAGCAGGUGUUCGAUCAUAGGCGUAAAGGCCUGGCCGAACUUUGGAGGAUCUCAACCGAAGUAGAUUCGAACGUAUUAAACAAGGCCUUGGACGAAUUGGAGAAGCAACUGGAAGAUUUCAUGAAUCUGAUCGGAACAGACGAGUACCGUGAAAUGAGGAGAUACAUGGCGGACAACUGGAAAGGAUACAUGACCGUGAACGUCGUACAGUACCUGUCCUAUUUCAAGAGGCUAUCCGUUCUGUCGUACUUCCUGAACCUUGUGAAAGAAAUAUACUUGGCGGGUGAACCGGAGCCAACAAACCAAGAAGAGCAUUGGAAAGUGUUUAAAGAAUAUCUAUUAACGGCUAUAGACGAUUUGAAGGCGGGAAAAUCGCUAAAUAAACCUUUUCGAAUUUACCUCUUGAUCUGUUGUACUCCGUUAUACAUAGAACCGUAUACCGUUGGUGCCGUAAAAUCCGAGAUGAUAUUUCUACUGAGCUCCUAAUGAUUUUACAUUAGGUCAAAUUUGUCCAUACAAUCUGACCUCCUGUUUUUUGUCAUGAUAUAGAAAUCUGAGCUCCUGAUAUAUUUAGCUACGUAUUUCUUAACAAUGUAACAGUAUCAGGAGCUCAAAUUGGUUUGAGUUCAGAAUUUGAGUUCCUGAUAUUUUCACAAUUGGCCAACUACUUCCAGUCAAUAUUAGCACCUGACAAGUUUAAAUUUGGUUGGAUAUUUCGAGACAAUCUGAGCUCCUGAUACUUUAACAUUGGGUCAGAAGUUUCUCGACGAUUGAGCUUCUGAUAAUUUUACAAUUGGGCAACUAUUUGUAGACAA